GAUAGGAGAAGGACCUUUGGUGAUGCUGUGGAGGAGGCGGGUCUGAGCUGAGAGGAGGUCACAUGAUUCUCGCAGUCACUACUGUUGUGUUGUGUGUGAAGAAAUCUGCACCUUGGUGUCACCCCAGUAAUAAGACGUCUUAAACAUCAGACAAAUGUCCUGUGGCUAUUGGUUUCAGGCCCAGGCAUGCCAGUGUCCAUGUGUCACCGCUGCCUAUGUCUCUCCCCCUUCCAGCUGGCAUUGUCACUCUUCUACUGCCCGUCCCCUCCACUGUCACAGCAGAUAUGGCAUCUCGGAGUGUGGCACGUCUGACAGUGCCUCUCUGGCUGUGUCUCUUGGGGUGUCUCAGUGAUCAGAAUGUCUACCCAUCAGUGGGCACGCUAAUUGUACACAAGCUGGACACAGGGGAUUACCAGCAGCAAUUCCUGAAUAAAUCUGGUCAACCUCACCCCAUUACCUUUCGAGCUAAUUUGCUGGGGUUCCCUGACCUGCCAGGAUGGUUGCGUUAUACCCAGCGUUCCCCCUGGCACAGUGCAUAUUUGUAUGGAUCCCCUACCAAGCCUGGGAAGCAUAUCAUAGAGGUAACUGCAUACAACCGGAACACCUUUGAAAUCCUUCGAGAAAAGAUCAUUUUCAACCUUCUUGCUGCAGCAGAUGUUCCCUCUCCGUAUGAAGCGGAAUUUCUGAUUGACAAUGUGGAUGUGGAAGAGAUGCUCCCACCAGAAGCCCGACACAACUUCCAGGUCCCUCUUCAGGAACUUUGGAACACCCAGCGACUUUCUGUCAUCAAUGUCACGUCGGCACUGGACAAAGGGGGCAGAGUGCCGCUACCACUGCCGGGACUAAAAGAAGGGGUGUUCGUAAAGGUGGGAUCUGUUGUUCCCUUUCCAGAAUGUCUUUACGAGACCCAAAAGCCACAGAUCCGUGAGCAGUGCAAAGAAGGGAAGAAACCGGUGUUAUGUCCUGAGCUUCCACCUAAUGACUUCAGCAUAGACUGGUGCAACGUGACUCUGGCUGAAGAGCCAGGAUCCUCUCCUUCUCCUCGUAGUUUGAGGCCACUGGAGUGGGUCGGAGAAUUUAAUCCUCCUUCUGAUGAAUUAGGUGACACUGACUACCUCCCAGGUUACCUGGUGGCUAUGUUAGUCCCCAUUCUCAUCGCCUUGUUGCUGUGCGCCCUGCUGUCCUAUAUCAUGUGCUGCCGCAGGGAAGGGGUGCAAAAGAGAGACAGUGAGACAUCAGAAAUCCAGCUAGUUCACCAACAGUCAAUCUUCUCCAAUACGGAAGAGCUUCGACAUAUGGCUGCCAACAGGGAUGUCCCUCGACCCCUUUCCACGCUGCCCAUGUUCAACGUCCGCACUGGACAGAGGACAUCCCCGAUGGAUUUUACAGGUGACAGCGCUCGUGUACCUCUCAUCCUGUCCCAGCAGUAAAUGUUCUCCAGAUCCUUUGCCGUUGCUCACCAAGGAAGUGAAGUCAUCCAGGAAGGUGGAGGUCAAGAGGCUUCUUUGUGGCACAGGAAUCCACGAACCUGGCAAGAUUAUGUUUUCCCUAUUGUAGUGUGUUGUAUGGUAUGAAUGCCGUCAAUGGUUGUUAAAAUAAACUAAAUAAAGUUUCCAUCCUGAGAAUAUAGAAAAUACUGGCUAAACGCUCAUUGCACCUUUCUAGGUGACAUCCUCUGUGGGAUCUCAAUUGGAAGCCAUAAUGGUUGUAACCUAGCCUUCUAAAGUACAGAUAUAAUUGAGUAACAGAUUAAUUUUAGUUGUUCUUUAAACAGAUAAACUGACUCUAAAAUACUGCCUGUGAGUUUGUGUAUAAAUGUGUCCCAUUAUUGCACAUAUGUGUCUUAAAUAGGAUAACAGGUUAUCAAACAAUACUGCUAUACCACAGCUAAACCACAGCUAUAUACAUCUGUGUGGUAUUAUAUGUGAAUUCUCUUUUAGAUACAACCAGUAAAAUAUAUUCUCUAGGUAUAUGUGAUACACUGUGUUAUGCCUAGUGCAGUCCUCGGGGGCGGAGCAUGUCAUAAGGAACACCAUAGAAAGAAGUCAAGCACUUCCCCUGCGCUAAGUAUAAUACGGUGUCUUUGUUUAUCCUGCAGAGUUUCUUGAAAUACAUAGAACAAACCACAUGACAGGGUUACAUUUCACAAUUUAGUUUAUUAAAUAAUGAUAAUUUACAGGAAUGAUAACAUGAUAAGAAUGAAAUGGAUUUCCCAUGACAAACUUUGCAAUACCAUAAAAGUCUGGUGGAUGAGAUGCUACAACAAUGCUCAGAAUUUCCAGCUAUUAAAGUUUGAGUGGAUAUGCCAAAGAAGUAUCUCGGAGAAAAACCCUGAUAACGUAGUGCAUAAGAUAUUAGUUAAAAGUAAGACACAUUAAAGGGUACCUCUCAUUAAAAAAAACUUUUGAUAUAUUAUAGAUUAAUGUAUGCAGAAUAACGUUACAAUUGCAUGUUAUUAAAAAAUAUGCUUCUUUCUAUUUCAUUUUCCACUUUGAAGAAAUGACCACUAGGGGUCUCCCUACCAGUCCUGCCAGUCUGCUUUGUUCACAAAGGAGAACACUCAGAGCUGUCAGCCUGCUUUGUUCACAGCCUGUUUGGCUGUGAACAAAGCAGGCUGGCAGCUCUGAGUGUUUAGGACUCCAGCAUGAGUCAGAAAUGCUUGCUGACAGGACUGAUCGGGAAAAA